CCUGGCUUGGCCUCUGCCCUACCUCUCUGUUCAUCUCGUGGUCUCCGUGUCACACACUCCUUUCCUUAAGUAUGUACCAUACAUGAGUACCAGCACCCGUAGUACUUACUUGAGAUAGACUCCACAGGUCAUCGUCCACCACCCACUUCUAUAACCUUGUUUCUUGUCCCUCUAUCAAUAGCCUCAGAUCUGCUUCCGAGGCGCAUGCACGGCCUGGCCUGGCCUGUGCUGUGUGUAUUGUCUCAUCCUGUCGUCUUGUCGCAAUCUUUGCCUUUCCUUGCCUGAUCUUUUAAGGCUACCACCACGUCUUGUUCUUCUCCAAUCCCCUGCGCUCGUUCUAUCUAUCAUCGAACCUUAUCACCAACACAUCAUCCCGUCUGCACAUUGACAUUUUCUUACCCGCGAUCGCCUGGGCCAGCCAGACCAGGAUCAGCCAGGCUACGUUCGAUCCAUCUUUCUUUCAAAGGGUUCCGCCUGCCGGCUGGCCGCAACCGUCGUCUUCUUGUUAUCUGAAGGAGCAAUAUUGCUGGCCUCUUCUGCCUUAUCCCCCGCGAGACCCUCUUUAAAGCUGGUACUCCACCUGGCUUGAUAUCUUCCUCCUCUCCCGCCUCGAAACGAACACUCUUCCCUCUUCAUCUUGUCUCCACUGGCCUCUCUGUUUCCAAAAGACCCACCCGCUACCCUCCGCCUCCCACGUCUGCACGUCGCUGUCCCGCCCUCGACCCCUGUCUGGUGACGAGGCCUCUCACAUGUCGUGGGGUCUUCAGGUCUCGCUGCUGUCUACUUGACCACGCGAGGCCCCUUCCCUCGUCCCCUAGAUGUGACGACCCGCAAUUGCUUGGACCAAUCUUAAAACCAACCCCAGGACGCACGCAGCCCUACCUCCAGACCACCGGUACCCGGCUAAAUUUGCUUGUCACGUCUCUUCGUCCUCCUCCCCCUCCUCCUCCAUGUUAUAUCUCUUGUGGACGCCUUUCACCACAUAGACAGUUUUGACUUGGCAACACGCAGGAGGCUGAAGCCGUUCGUGUUGCUCCAAAGCUGCCACCACAACACAGUCAGGCUCGCUGUUCAUUUAACAAAGCUUAAUCGGCCAUCUCGGCAGGAAGGCUGGCUCGUACUGGAUGGUCCUUGUCAGCCCAGCAUUGAUCCAUGCUCACACCCACCACCACUCCUCGUCCCUAGCAUGUCUGCGCAUGCGUCCCCGGCCCCCUCGACGGGGCCGACACCUGAGGCUGACGAGUCCACCUUGCCCCAGGGCAACUGCCGCUACAUCAUGCUCGUGCCUGAGAUCAAGGGCAAUCGGUGUGCAUGUGUCAACUUCACCCUCAACAAGUCACGACCCGGGGCUACCUGCGAGUGUGGGCAUCUCGCCUGCUUCCACCACAGGACGUCAGAGCCGCCGAUAGACAAGCAGGAACUUGUCCUACUCCGGCAGCGGGUACGGCAGCUGGAAGAGCUCCUACUGAAGGGCAGCGACAAGGAGAAUGAGGUGAUACAGAGGGUCAGCGAGCUCGAAGGAGUUGUGGAGACGAGGACGGAAGAGAUGAGCCAGGAGAUCAAGAAGACAUAUGGAAACAUCAAUCGAGCAUGGCACUCGAUCGAGGAGUUGGAGAGACGAACCGGCGAGCACGACCACCGCUUCCGAGGUGUUGGAGGACAUCUGAAGAACGUGGAUGAUGAGCUGCACUUGCUGCGUGGCCGGCAGUGCGAGCUCAAUGACGCCGAACUCAACCUCGAGGAACGCUUCCUCGAGCUGGUCGAGAGUAUCGAAGAUGGGCUCGAGGACACAUCGCGGCGGGCGUCCUCCGGGGCCUCUCAGCGCCGCGCGUUGCCACCUGUCGUGUCCGCCCCCAGUGCACCUGCGCGGCCGUCGUCGGUGCAACAAUCUAGGCCGGUAACAUCGGCUGCCUCGGAGGAGCUUUGGACCGUCCACGUGUCACUCCUCCCCAGCAACUCACUACCAUUCCCUUUUGAACGCCACACAAACGCAUACAAACGGUGUCUGUCCAGGGGUCUGCAUCAGAUGGUCGCUGUAAACGGCACAUCUUCGGACGCAUUCGUCUCUGCCGUAUCGCAAGCCUUCAGCAGGCUGCUGAAGAACCGGCCGUGGGUUCCGCUGCAGGCUAAGCUCUGCGACGCCGAAUCUCUCCAGGGCCUGCCGAUGCUGCGACCUCUAGAUCCAAUGCUCGUGGGCUCGGGGUACGACGUUGAUUUCCUGCGCUCACACUGCGCCGUGCUCGACACCCACGGCAAGAUCGACUCCCUCUACAUCGCCAUGCAACAUUCUACCCUGUCGUGGCAUGCCCUCAGGCACUCGCCCAUCUUCCUACCAGGUCUCGAGGCCAGCUGGGAGCACGAUCCGAUGCUCGACGUGAACGCCCCUUUCGACGAUGACGAGAAUGUCGACGACAGCCACCGGCCGUCGGCGGGGGACUUGGUCGGAGUGCUCCCAAACUUGAAGCGAGCGGCCUCGGAGAUCUCGAGGUCAUCGAGUUUCGGAGCCUCGACAGCUCCUUGUGACGGGCCUGAGCGGCCCUCAAAAGUUCCGCGGACCCCCUGCCCAGUGCCUAACAUCCACGAGGACAGGAGGCAGAGGGUAGGAACCGCAUGACAUUUCUUAUCGGGGCUUCGUUUGUUUGUACAUACAUACAUAUAUAUAUUGUGUGUGUGUGUGUGUGUGUGUGUGUGUGUGUGUGCGUGUGUUUCUGGGGCCUGCGGUGUGUUAAUACGGAGUGUAAUUUCCUAUUACUCAAAUGAGAUACCAGGCUCCACUGAAAGGUCGGCUGGCGCCAAGGAGGUGACCACUGCGGCAGGAGUCAUAGAUGAUUUUCUUCUAGAAUGUGGGCUAGGGGGCGCUGAGUGGGAAAUUUCCUCGAAUAUGAGAUGGAUGGCACGAGCUCUGAGACUCGCCUUAAGUCGAUAGAAAGACAGAGCUGAAUUCGUUAUGUUAGUCGCAGGCAUAUCGGGAGGGGUUGGCUGGGUUCUUCCGAGACUUUAGACGUCUCCCGUCUCAAGAUCAAAGUGUUCAUAUUACAGCAUAGUGUACCUCCUCGCACUUCUUUCCCCUUCUCUUUUCUUAUCUUCUUCUUGGAUAAAAGAUGUGGUCGGCAAAGAGGCCUGGUAGUAAUAGAUGAUCAAGAAGAUGAGAAAACC